UCGUUCGCUUUACGAAUGAUAUAAAAGUCAGGCUCUGCCUAGUUUCGGGCACAGUCUCGUUCGAGUAAUCGUCUCUCGCACACACUAUCGGUGUGCGCACGUGUAAAUCGAAACCACUAAACCAAAUCAAGCAAGAUGACCGGUCGCGGUAAGGGAGGAAAGGGUCUGGGAAAAGGAGGCGCCAAGCGCCACAGGAAGGUGCUCCGUGACAACAUCCAGGGUAUCACCAAGCCCGCCAUCCGUCGUCUCGCUCGCAGAGGUGGCGUGAAACGUAUCUCCGGUCUGAUCUACGAGGAGACGCGUGGUGUGCUGAAGGUGUUCCUCGAGAACGUGAUCCGUGACGCCGUCACUUACACGGAGCACGCCAAGAGGAAGACCGUCACCGCCAUGGACGUCGUCUACGCUCUGAAGCGUCAAGGUCGCACCCUGUACGGUUUCGGUGGUUAAACCAACCGCUGCUGCUGAAUCGUCGUCGUGUGGCGCAUCAUCAUCGCCGCGCUGCUUGUUGUUGGCGCAACUACGACGCUACGAGGAUGAUCGCAAAACGAUCACAAAUACACAAAAGGCCCUUUUCAGGGCCGCACAAAUUUCGUUAAUUAUAAUGACUGUUUCUAUCGAAGACUUUAC